CAUAAGGUUAUGUUUUUGUUAAACUCAAAUUAUAUCAUAUUUUAUCUACUCAUUUUUUUCAUUAUUUCUUCGAUUUAUCUAAUUAUUUUUUACAUAAUAUAUUUAAGAUCAUAAUAUUAAAAAAUAUUAUUAGUAUAUAAAAUUGUAAGAAUCAAAGUAUUACCAAAAAUAAAUUGAAACAUAGUGAAUAAUUUUCUUAUACUUACUAUAAAAUUAAUCACAAAAUUUCAUCACUCUCCACUUGAGUAUCUUCUUGAGGUCAACGAUAAUAGCAGUAACCAAUCAUCAAAAUUCUCAGCAAUCAAACCGAAUCAGCCAAAUCCCUUUGUUGGUUUUGAUCUCCACUCAUCAUUCUAUAAUGGGUCGGAAGCCAAUUGAUUCCGAACCCACUCGUUACACCACUUUCAUCCUUCUUUUAAUGGGCCUUUUUUCUUGUACUGUUGUGUACAUUUUCACCUCUGCAGUCAUUAGACCCGCCGAAAACUCCGCCGUUGACCGGACACUAACGGUGGAGGACGGUGGUGGUGGUACCGGUGGUGGAGAAGAAUGUUGUAGUGGGGUUGAAAGUUUUGAGCUUUGGGGUGAUGCUGUUAAAUGGGGUUCGGAUUUUAAGGUUAAUAGUUCUAAAGAAUGUUGUAAAGCUUGUAAGGAUAUGUGUACAGGUAAUCAUGGGCCUUGUCUUUGUGAUACAUGGGUUUUUUGUGGAGACAAAAAUGCUUGUGGUGACAAAUUUGGUGAGUGCUGGUUGAAGAAGCAGAAGGAUACUUUGGCUCCCGACAAAAAGGAUGCAGGAAACAAGAUUAUGUGGACAUCUGGAAUAGUUUUUGGAAAAGGAGAGGGAAUUAUUGCCUUGGAAACAGAAUUUGGUGCUAUUCACGUUAAGCUUUUGCCAGAAUGUUCCCCACGUUCUGUUUUUAACAUUUUGGAUUUGUUGGGGUUUCGCCACUGUGCUGGUUGCCAGUUUUUUCGUGCGGAAACUCGCGGACAAAUUUGGGAUGCGCACGGAGAUCACAUAAAAGAUGCGUCUUUUGGCCCUCCAUAUGCGUUGUUACAAGGAACUUUUGGUGCUCAAGGAACAGCACUCGAUGAAGUUUCCCGUGAAUUCUGUCCGGAAAUAAGACGGGGUUCAGUUGCAUGGGUUGGUUCUGGUCCUGAAUUCUUUAUAAGCUUAGCAAACCAUCAAGAAUGGAAAAAAGCAUACACUGUUUUCGGCUAUGUGCUGCCCGAGGACAUGCAAAUCGUUGAAAAAAUAGCUCAACUCCCGACGAAAUUUGAUGUCUGGACCGGAGUUAACGUGACAGUCUUGGAGAACCCUGUAGCGUUGAAACUACGACGAAUCAAGUCCAGCAAUGUGAUCUGAACCUCAGCAGUUAGCACUUAAGGAUCUGUAUGAUUUGCAGUUUACCACAGUACUGAUACUUUGUAUAUUUAAGUCAUAGUUUUGUGCCUGCUCUAUGCACACUUUCUACAUCCCAUGUUGUAAUCAAUUUUGCAGAGCAUGUUUUCAUAAUUUGGAAAGAAGAAAUAACACCUUGAAUUUCAUUGCC